AUGCCUUCAGCUGACGAUGGAUCCGGUGGAUGGUGGGCAUCGAUUCGAAGCCCCCUUCAAGCAUUGACCUAUAUUCUCGCUCUUGGCAGUACUCUUGGCAGCUCAGUCGCAAACGCAGCUGCCAUUCCCUCAUCUGAUCUGGUGCAACGUGAUGCCAAUCCAGCUGCUGCUCCAGCGCUCGAGCAGCCAUGGAAGAGAUUUGUUGACAUCAAGGAACGUGGCCCUGAGGUUGAUGCUCGUGAGGCGGAGACGGGACCUAUCAGAGUCAUCCGUGGAGAGGAUUUCUCCAGUGGCCUUGGUGGCUAAGGAAUGAAAGCGGAG